CGCGCCGGCCCGGUUAGUUGACCGCUGUAUUCGCCCGCGAUCCGUGAUGUGAACAAUGCACAAUAAAAUAGUGUUCACAUUUCUAGUGCUCCAGUGUACGCUCUGCCUAACCAUUCGAGUGCCCGUGGACUGGAAUGAUGAUAGUGAAGUGAAAGAUGGUCAGUUUGUGGUAACUAAUGACAAAAUACAAACGCCACAACCGCCGAUAUAUAAUGAAUACUUUCAAUACACUGCGAAUAAACCACAAUUCGCGAUUGAUAUCGCUGCCGCACAUGGCGUGCAUUCGCCGGAAAAACAUUACAAAUCGUAUCCUAUUAGACCUCACACAAGUUUGACGAAACCUGUAUUGGGACAGCAUCAAAUUUUAAAUUCCGAUAGGCAUACAUAUGAAUCGUACCAACCGUUCCUUCAAAAUGCUGAUUACUCGAAUUAUGUAACCCCAGUGUCUACAUCAUUUGAAGUAUACCAUCCAUAUAAAGAUGAACAGCAUGCUCUGAAAGAAAUAUAUAAAGAUCCCGUUUUGGAUAAAAUAAGAAAUGACUUACGUAAUAGCAAAAACAGGUUGCAAAAAUAUGAAAAUGAAGCAGGAGAAACAGAUAUAAAUGAAGAUGAAUACUUAGAGACCCCUAAACAAACUGACCGUAAUAAAAUUCCGCAAAAAAAUAUACCAACCCAGUUUGAAAUACAUAGACCCCAGCGUCGACCCAUAUAUUACCGGAUGCCUUUUAGGCAUAAUUAUAGGGAGCAAAUAUUGAAUGAUAAAUUGAGACAUCCUUGGAAUCAGAAUAUUGCUAAAGUAACGCCAAACCAUUAUCGCCCUGUUAAAAAUCAUUUAUACAGACUGAGGCAGCAACAUGCUCUCAAAUAUGAUGAUGAACAUAAUGAAUAUCCUCAAUUGCCCGUUCCAGAAGGUUAUAAUGAACGUCCAGAUGGUUACGAUAUAUAUGAAAAAAAUAGAGGAAAAUAUAUACAGCUCAGAAAUAAUUUUGAUGAGUCUAUUAAUAAGGUUGUCCAGCAAAAUAGACCAAAUACUAACAAUAAGAUAGAGCUACAAAGUGGAUAUGCAAAUGAUGAUUCAAAUAAUAGUCAAGCUGAAGAACUAUUCGUACCUAUUAAAAACUACGCACAGGUAAGAAAAACUGAAACUAUCAAACAUCUUCCAAGAAAAGCUGCGCUUCAAGACGCUGAAAAUAUUGAAGAAAUCAAAAAUGCACCACGCCUUCGAGAAGCUAUCAAAAGCACAAAGGCACAGAUUGUUUACUCAGAAGAGGGUUAUGAAGACGCUGCAUAUGACCAUGCUGGUGAACAAAAACAUGCAUCUGAUCAUGAAAGACAUGGUGGUUAUCUCAAAGAAAAUGAAAUAAGUGGCGGUAAAUAUAAAACACCGUCUGUUAGUGCCAAUUACGAGGACAACAGAGGCUUAGUGUAUAGGGAUCAACAAUUACAUGGAAAGAAAUGGAAAGAUAGUAAACAAGAAAAUGAAGACGAAAAAGAAUCGAAUGACUACUCCGAAGAUGACGAUGAAGAUGAUCUUAGUAGUGUUAUUAUAGACAACUUAAAUAUUGAUAACGACAGUGAUCGAAAUAAACGAAACAGCGACAACCUUGAAAUGGAAAGUUCUGCUGAACUUCUAAAGAAAAAUGAAAAAAAAGAAAUCUCUGAUAACUCAUCUACAAAUAAUUCGCAGCAUGAGGUGAUCAAACACGAUGAAAUUCUGAAGCUUUCUAAAACCAACGUAACCCUUCAGAAACUACAAAUAGAAGACAUAACUAAAAAUAAUAAAAAAAUAAAAUAUCCCUAUUAUUUAAAAAAUAUUAAAAUCUUAAAUAAAAAUUCGCCUCUUCGUUAUGCUGAAAAUAUAGAUUUCAUUCCUAAAAAAUCAAAGGGUGGAACUGAAUUCUACGACUCACGUUCAAAACAUGAAUGUUCUGAAGUUGAAGAUAAUGUGGACGUUAUACCUGAAAAACUAAAUAAAGAUGGGAACCCGGAUGAUAAUGAAGACUCUGAUGGCAAAACAAACGAAAAAAAAAUUGAUCUGAAUCUGAAGGACAAACAGCGACUUAAAGGUCUUGGUGAUAAAAUUGAUUGUUUCAAGGUUAAGUACUUUGGUGAAAAUCCAUUAGACAGCCCAUUUUUUAAUGAAGAAAUAAUUGACAGCCCAGAGCCUAUAACAAAACCAAACUUGAAAGUGUUUGAAACCAAAAAACUUGACGAUAAAUCAAAUAAUAAAUUAUUUUAUUAUGAUUCUGAUAUAUUUAGCGUCCUAGAAAAGGUACAAAAGAAAAGUAAUAAAUUAACAAACCCAUUAAAAAAUGAUUUAUCGAUUAUUAAGAACAGAACAUUAAAAAACACUACUUUACUACCAUUAGAUUUAGCAAAUGUAACGUAUAAACAUUUUCAAAAUAAAGAGGAUGUUACAAAACCUCCUCUAUCUAUUAGAAAAAAAAGAGCCACGCCUUUUUUGUAUGAGCCUUACAAAAUUAUAAGAGACAGUCAAGUACAAGAUUCGAAAAAAACAACAACUUCAAGUAAUAUAAGUCCUUUGAUUAAACAAUUACAAUCAAGCAGAGUCAUCGACAAAGUUACAACAAAUAUAGAUAAAGAUCAAGGUAAAAAGAAUUCAAAAGCUUAUAAAGAUAUCGGGAAAGUCGAUAGACAAAAAUCUCCUAAUGAACAAAUCAUUGAUACUAAAAAUUCAAGUUUCGUAGAUAUAAGCUCAGAUAAACGUCGUGGCGAGCCCCGUUAUGAAAUGAGACCAACAAAUCAUAAAACUAGUUACUCACCAGUGGAAAAUAAAAGAGCGAUAUCAGUCGAAGAUUAUAAAACACAAAUUAAUAAUGAUGGCACAGAAACGAAUACAAAACAAGUACACUCUACAGUGCAAGCUCAACCAAAACGAUCUAUACCAUCGAAAAUGACCUCCAGACCUUACUUUGAUGUAUCUAAAUAUUUACCGGAAGUUAUAGAAUCUCAAAAUAUUGCUGCAUCAAAUACAAUACGGAAAGUUAUUCGUACUACCACCCCAGAAGUAACAACAGAACAAACACAACGACAAAAAUAUAAUACUGAUGAAGAUGAAAAUGAGGAAUACGAUGACUAUGAAGAUGAUGAUGAUGAAGAUAAUGAAGAAGAAAUAAAUAUCACAACAACGACAACAACGACAACGACUACAAGAAAACCUACAACAAGAAAAAGAACAAGAGGUACAACUACUGUUAAACCAAUUCCUAUAGAAAAAGAAACUGAACCAAUGAAAUUACGUUUGACUACUAGAUUCCGUAAUACUCCAUCCACGAUGAAAUCUACUGCACAUCACCAUGAAGUAGACAAAGAUCCUUUUCAAAAAGUAUCCAAAGCAGAAAAUGAUUCUGCUAAAUAUACAGAAAAGAAGAGAAAAUCAACAAAGAGCACAUUGGUUACAGAUACAAAAACCUACGGAGAAGAUGAUGAUGAUAUGACAAGAAAAGAAGUAGAUGCCUUAUUGCGUGUUAAACAAGAUAUGCAUGAGUAUAUGCCACGUUACGAAAAAGAAAAUAAAAAUGAAAACAACAAAAAUGGAGAUCAUUCUGAUGACAGCGCUGAGGAGAUUUCUGAUAACAGUGAAAAUGAAGAGGAAGAAGAAGAAGAAGAAGAUGAAGAUGAUGAUGAAAAUGACGACGACGAUGACGAUGAAUUUGAUAAAGAAGAAGAUGACAACAAACAUGAUGAUAAUGAUGAUUCCAAUCAUCAAAAUAAAAAAAGUAAUUUAGAAUUUACAACUUCAGAACCAACUAAAAGGACUCUCAUUAGAACCACAGUAGCUCCUGCAACGACAACUGAAUCAAGAAGUGCAAGAAUAGAAUUAAAACCUACUGUAUUAAAAAAGAAAUUUGAAAUGCAUGAAGAAUUGCCAGUCAAUAAGUCAUCUCCACAUGUUACUCAAUUUAAGCAGGAUAUCAAAGAAAUUGAAAUUAUUAAAGAAAUUAAACCAAAACUUAAAAAAAAGAAUCAUAAAAAUUUGGAAGCUUUAGAUUUGUUUCGAGAUGAAAACUUAGCUGAAGAGAUUAAUAAAUUGGGAGAUGUAGAAGUUUUUAAGGAAAAUUUAAAUCUGAAAUCAGGACCAAAACAUGGCGGAAACUAUAGAAGUCUUACAUCAGAAGAUAUACAAAAGGAAAUAGUUGCAAGUAAAGUACGUGAUAACGCAAAUAUGGACGACGUUGAGACUUCUCCGACACAACCUAGAACACGCAUAAAAUUAGAUAAAGAACGCUCUUCUAGACGUAAUAAAAAUUUUGCCACAAGAGGUCAAACAUCUUCUAGCGAUAAUGCUAAAAAUACAAAAUUUACUGAUAUGGAUGUUAUUGACACACGUUUAAAUAACAUGAAUACUGGCAAUUUAAAAUCAAAAAGCAAAGAUACAACACAUAAUAAUAAAAGUGCAAAAUUAAUUGAGCUUGAUGUCGAUGACGAAGAUGAUACAUCAAGGAUGCAUGGAGGUAACUACAAAUCUUAUGAAAACAGAAACACUGGUCGUCAGAUGCAUGGAGGCAACUAUAAAAGUGCAAAAAUCAUUCAACCCGAAGACAGCAAUAAAUCACGAUCUAGAAGUAAAAUCAGAGACGCGAGAACUAAUGCAGCAGCUUUAUUAAAUGACUAUGCGCGUGCCGUACCUAUACUCACUACAACCCCCGCUUUUAUUUUAGAUCCUAGUAAGCGUAUGUACUAUUACGUAGAUUCUUAAAACUCCUUUGGUGUUCUUUAAAUGUACUUAUUUAAAUCUUAUAAAUAUAACAUUUAAAAGUAGAAAGUGCCACAAAAUUUACUUCGAAUCACUUUCGUGACAAAAAUUGUGAAAGUGUUUUAUAUUACUUUUAAAGAUGUUAGAU